AUGAUUAGAUCAUUAAGAUUAAUUAAUAAAAACAUUUUAUUAUCUAAUAGAAAAACAUUCACUACAACAUCAACUAAUAAUAAGAGCAAUCAAACUCAAUUUAUAAUUAAAGAUGAUAAUACAGUAGAAUUAUCAGAAGAAUUAAAAGCAAGCAUUAAAUUAGAAGAACAAAAAAAGAUAGUUAAAGAAGUUAUGGAAAAACCACAAAGUUCAAAAUUUUUAAAAGGUGAUGUUUUAUUAGAAGGUGUUAAAAGUGAUGGUUCAUCAUUAAGAUGGUAUAAAACAGCUGGUAUGUGUAGAACUGAACCUGAAAAUCCUGACCAAGGUUAUUAUCCAUUAAUUGAUGAAAGAAAAAUUAGAACUCCUUCAAAUCAUGUCAUUAUUACACCUUCAAAAGAAAUUGCAUAUGCUGUAGCUGCUGAAUGGAGAGCUCAAGAAAAAUAUAUUAAACCAUCUAGAUUACCAAUUACACAAACAAUUAUAUCAUGUUUAGAUGUAAGACCAGAAGGUAGAUUUAAAAUCAUUGGAGAGUUUAUUAAUCAUUUAGCAACAGAUCCAAUUUGUAAUAGAGAAAAGAAUGAUUCAAAACUUAAAAAAUUACAAAGUGAAUUAUAUGAACCAAUACUUCAAUUUGCAAAUGAAUAUUAUGGUAUUCCAUUUUCAAUUUCAACACAUCUUUCAAUUUCAAAACAUCCAAAAGAAUUAUUAGAUAAAAUUGAAAGACAUUUACAUUCAAUGAAUAAUUGGGAAUUAGUAUGUUUACAAUUAAUUUCACAAUCAUCAAAAUCAUUUUUAGUUGCAUUAUCAUUAUAUUAUGGAAAAUUAAGAUUAGAUAAUCUUUAUCAAACAAUUGCAUUAGAAGAGGAAUAUCAAUCAGAAACAUGGGGUAGAAUUCCAUUUGGUCAUGAUUUAGCUGAAUGUGAAACUCAUAAUGAAAUUGCACCACCAUUAUUUAUGUUAAGAAAUAUGAAUCCAAUUCCAUUACCAAAAUAA